AAUUCUGAUAAGCUGCUGUAUGCUACAAUGGCAACAUUAGUAAACUAGAAAAGCAAAAAGGACUUUCCCUGGCUAAAGCCACACCCCCAGAAUGCUGAAGGAAGAAGGGCUGGUUGUCUGUGCUGAGAACACAUCACACGCCAACUUCUCAGACUUCACACUCGAGUACGGCUGUUAAGAAAGGCAAAGCAUGACUGUGGACUACAGGAUGUGUGCGCGUCGGCUGCUUCGAAGGUGUGUCAUCUUAUUCCUGGUAUCGGUUCAGUUCAUUCAAAGUAAAGAUGUCACCAUGGUGAUAGGAGAGGUGGGUGGGGCUGUGACCCUCCCCUGUACCUCUGACAUCCAGAGACUCCCAAACCACCUGUAUGUACAGAGACCUGACCCAAACAAGUUCAUUAAUGGCUACCAUAAGACGAGGGACUUACCAUCCCCUCACCCGGAGUAUGCAAACCGUACUCAAGUAGACCACACACAGGGAACAAUGAGGCUGUGGAAUAUACGGCUGUCAGAUGAGGGGCUGUACGAAUGCCACAUCGGAUACCCAACCAAGAACAACCAGAAGAACAUCCAGCUCAGAGUGACAGCCAACUACAGCAUCCCCAAUGUAACAGUGGCCUGUGACAACGGCAGCUGCUUGGUGACAUGUUCCUCUGACAACGGUUACCCUCGUAGGGAUGUUGAGUGGAGCCUGAACCCUCCUCUUAACCAGAGCCACUGGGGAGUAGUGAACAGCAGUGGGGGGACAGACCCGGUCUCUAUGCUGUUCUCUGUCUUCAGUUCCAUAUCCAUCAACUGCUCCUCUGAACCCCGGCUGAACCUCAGCUGUGCUGUAGGGGGCGCCCUCUCACAGGAACACACUGUUUGCAGGCAUCCUGAUAUCUCUGUUAUCUCUGUGAUCUCUGCUGUCUCUGUGAUCGCUGCUGUUCUGCUGUGUUUCCUGGUUCUGGUAUCUAGCAGCAAGAAAAAGAAGGCUCAGACAGCCAGAGGUAAUCAAGGAGGAAAGGGACCAGCAAGUUCAGAGGAAAAUGUACAGCUGACCUGAAGGAACCCAGAAACUUGAACAUUUGGAAGGCAGAAUGUGAAAGGUUCUAUCAUUUGAUAAUUAUAAAUCUGAACUCAUUGGAUACUGCCUUCUAAUGGGACAUGAUAAAGGGGUUGCUGAGGUGACCUAACCAUUGCCUGGACUUGUUGCUGUUGGAAACUAUGUUAGCUUUCCUCUACACGCUGCAGUUCAGGGGUGUUUUCACGGUGUUGAGGAGACUAACAAUUGUAUAAAUAUUUAACUAGUAUGUUCAAAUGACUGAGUUCCACAGAAGAACCAAUGAAAACUAGAAGUGCAAUGACUGUCCUCAAUGUGUGCACUAAACCAGGGUAUGUAGUAUCCAAGGGAACAUAUCUAGUAUUUGUACUGCGUUUGUAUUAGGACUAGAGACAUGCACUGCACUUUAGAGAAGUGUACACUUAUCCAGUGUAUUCAGGGAUGGACUGUAUUCAACUGAUGAAUACUGGAAGUGGAUACUGGAAGUGGAUACUGGAAGUGGAUACUGGAAGUGAAUACUGGAAGUGGAUACUGGAAGUGGAUACUGGAAGUGGAUACUGGAAGUGGAUACUGGAAGUGGAUACUGGAAGUGGAUACUGGAAGUGAAUGUGUCUGUCCGUAAUAGAUCUUACCUCAGAUCCUAUACCAGCAUCUCCCAGUAGGUCAGAGUCCACCCCACAUACAGUUGAAGUCAGAAGUUUACAUACACUUAGGUUGGAGUCAUUAAAUCUAAUUUUACAGAUUAUUUCACUUAUAAUUCACUGCAUCAUAAUUCCAGUGGGUCAGAGAU